UAAAAAUAAAAUUAUCAAGCAUUCCGUUUUGUAAGAAAAUAUCUUCAUAACCUUUUUCGACGAAAUGUUUGCAAUAUGGCUCAGCUACAUGACUGUUACUCUUUGGAUGGGAGUAAUUGGAUGCGAAUAUAAACUGCAAUUAAUACAAAUGAUUUAUCGACAUGGGGACCGAGCUCCUAUUUUUCAAUAUCCAAAUGAUCCGAAUCCAAUAACUGUGUGGAAGGCCGGUCUGGGUAAUCUGACUUUGCUGGGCAAAAGACAGCAUUGGAGUUUAGGACUGUUAUUCAGAUCACACUACAAUAAUUUUAUUACUACGAGUCCCACAGAGAUCAAUGUAAUGAGUGCCGUUGAUGACCGUUGUAUGAAUAGUGCAGCCACUAAUCUUGCAUCGUUCUAUUCACCAAAAGAUGAUUGGAUGUUUUACAGUAACGUGCAUUGGCAACCCAUUCCCAUACAUUAUAUGCCUUCAGAAAAAGUAGACAAGUAUUUAAGUCAAAUUUCUGAUUGUCCAAAAGCUGCAAUGCUAGAAAAGCAAUGUAUCACCUCCCCAGAAAACAAAGCAUUUGAUGCGCAACACAAGGAGAUGUACGACUAUUUAAGUCUUCAUAGUGGAAAACCGAUUAAAAAUUGGUUUCAGCUGACCAUGUUUCAUGACACUCUACUAGUGGAGAAAAUACACAACCUAAAGAUACCUUCUUGGGUUAUACCAUACUGGGAUGAGAUUGAAGAUGUUGCAAGCGGUGUAUUUUAUAGGUUUUAUAAAGUUCCUGAAAUUCAGUAUUUUCGAGGAGGUCCAUUGCUAGGAAUGAUUGUUGAUAAAAUGAUAGGAAAAGUUAGCGGUGAUUUAGCUGAGCUAAAAGUGCAAGUAUAUUCAGCUCAUGAUUCAACUGUUGCUGUCAUUCUAGGAUGUCUUAAUAUGGUGCCAACCAAACUCGUGCCAUAUGCUGCAACUCUUAUAUUCGAAUUAUACAGUGAAAAAGAGAGUGAAAAAGAAUUCGUUCGUUUACUGUAUCUGAAUUCGACUGAACCUGAAACAGCCAAUCAACGGCCAAAUAUUUUAAUAAUGGAUGGUUGUCAAGAGUACUGCCCUCUGGAUUACUUCAUUAAAUUUACUAAAAAAUCAAUCCCUAAAAAUUGGGAAAAAGAAUGCCAACUGUAGAUCUAAAAAAGUUUCUCAAUUGCAAACUCUCUUUAAUUUUAGUAAAAAAUUAUAGAUUGACAUUCGCAUUGUGGAUUUGGAAGCAAGGAUUGACUUUGGUGAACUUGGGCGAAGGUCCUGAACUUUAGUUUAGUAUUGUGAAAUACUUUACUUACUUCAGAAAUGUACUUUAUAAUGAUUACUUACUUUAGAAUGAUACUUUAGAAAUGUACUUUUUUUAAUUUUAUGAGUCAAAAACUCUUAAAUUUAAAAAAGUCACGCUUUUUCAACUAAA